GCUGUUUUACGUGCCGAAAAUACUAAAUAACUACUGUGCGUAUAUAUUCAAGAAAAUCACCUUUUUGCUUUAUGACAGCUACAUAGAGACUUGUGCCAGAAUGCGGGGUUGUUGCUGACAACCUUCUCAGCAGCUGUCUCUCUGUGUGGACGGGGACGGUGGACAAGGACAAAAUGCCACUACGGGAAUCAGUCACUCAGCGGAUAGGGGAAAAAACACUCACCGCCUUUUAAAUAUCCACUUUGGAUCUACCUGACUAUACAUCUGGAUUUUUUUCUUAUGUAGUUUUUCUCCGAAUAGUUUUCCUUCCUGGAGAACGGUGACUCACUGCAGGGAGAAGGCGAGCCGCUGCAUCCUAAUCAGACAGCGGAGAGGACUUCAGCUCAUUGACAUUACAGUCAUACUUUUCUGGAGCACUUUUUUUAUGUUCACUGCGCUGCACUGUAGCCUGCGUGUGCAUCGGAGGCUUGUGGCUUUUUUCCUGCACAGAGAGGGGUAAAGCGGAUACGGGUGUUACCUACUGAAGGGGUUAGGGGAUCAAACUCUUCCUGAACCCUGCUGGAACUGACUGUUUUUUUAGAGUUAUAUUUUUGUGGACUAUUACAACAGUUUCUUCUGGUCUUAUGAGUGAACACUUACAACAAUGACUAUUCUGUUUGGAGACUGGAUCGCGAUUAUUGCUCAGAUGAGUCUGGGUGCUCUGCUGAAUUUAAAUUAGGUGUUCAGCAUCACAGAUUGCUGGAAGAGACAGAGGAAGAGAGAGACAGAGCAAAUAUAAAUGCCAAGGCCUCACAUGAUGAACAGAACUCUUUUUUUGAUCCUGAAUAAUAGAAAUACCAAAUUUGAACAAAAUAUCAACAGGUCAAAGAAGGCGUAAAGACAACACAUAUUAUAGCAGCUUUUACGGAGCGGGCAUGUAUCUUUCUAUUUUCUUUUUCCUCCUCUUAUGGGCUCAAGCCCUGACAUUGAAAAACUUGAAUUACUCUGUCCCAGAGGAACAGGGUCCGGGGACAGUGAUUGGGAACAUUGCCAAAGAUGCCAGACUUGGACUUGAACAGACUGGGCAGGCAGGUCAGGGUAAGAAAGCCAACUUCAGGGUGCUCGAGAACUCAGCUCCGCAUCUCAUCGACGUGGACCCCCAAAGCGGUCUGUUGUACACAAAGCAGCGCAUUGACAGGGAAAUGUUGUGUAAGAGAAACCCCAAGUGCCAGCUCUCCAUGGAGGUGUUUGCCAAUGACAAGGAGAUCUGCAUGAUCAAAAUAGAUAUUCAGGACAUUAACGACAACUCACCCACUUUCCCCUCGGAUCAGAUUGAUAUUGACAUCUCUGAAAAUGCAGUGCCAGGGACACGCUUUCCCCUGACCAGUGCACAUGACCCUGAUGCAGGGGAAAACGGUCUGAAAACCUAUCAAAUAACACGCGACGACUACAAUCUCUUUUCCUUGGAGGUAAAAUCCCGUGGUGACGGGACUAAAUUCCCAGAAUUAGUUAUUCAACGACCACUGGACAGAGAAGAACGAAGCCAUCACACCCUUAUUUUGUCAGCUACUGAUGGAGGGGAAUAUCCUAGAUCAGGUACCAUGCAGAUUAAUGUUAAAGUUAUCGAUUCCAAUGACAACAGCCCUGUGUUUGAUCAGCCCUCAUAUGUUGUGGAAAUUCCUGAAAAUUCACCUCCUGGUAAAGUCCUGAUUGAUUUAAAUGCCACUGAUCCUGAUGAGGGCAACAAUGGACAAGUAGUCUAUUCUUUUAGUGGCUAUGCCCCAGAGAGAAUCCGGGAGCUCUUCUCCAUAGAUUCCAGAACAGGGGUCAUAAAGAUUCAGGGUGAAAUUGACUAUGAAGAGAGCCCAGUUAUUGAGAUUGACGUCCAGGCAAAGGAUCUAGGUCCCAAUCCAAUCCCAGGUCAUUGUAAAGUCACUGUUAAAGUGCUUGACAGGAAUGAUAACUGGCCAUCUAUAGGCUUUGUGUCUGUGAGACAGGGAGCUAUCAGUGAGGCAGCACCUCCAGGCACUGUCAUUGCUCUGGUCCGUGUCACAGACAAGGACUCAGGCAGGAAUGGACAGCUUCAGUGCAGAGUGCUGGGUAACGUUCCUUUUAAACUUGAGGAGAACUAUGAUAACUUCUAUACAGUGGUGACAGACAGGCCCUUGGACAGAGAGGUGCAGGAUGAGUACAAUGUUACCAUUGUGGCCAAAGACAAUGGCAUUCCUCCUCUAAACUCCACAAAAUCCUUCACCGUUAAGAUUCUGGAUGAGAAUGACAAUGUUCCUCGCUUUUCCAAGUCAGUUUACCUUCUUCAGAUACCUGAGAACAACAUCCCUGGAGAGUACCUAGGUUCAGUUCUGGCACAUGACCCAGACCUUGGCCAGAAUGGAACAGUGUACUACAGCAUAGUCAACUCCAAUGUGAGUGGGGGCGAUGUCAACACCUAUGUUAAUGUGAACGCUGCUAAUGGAGCCAUCUAUGCCGUGAGAUCUUUUAACUAUGAGCAGAUAAAAUAUUUUGACUUUAAGGUUCUUGCUAAAGAUGCAGGAUCUCCACACCUUGAGAGCAACGCCACAGUGCGCAUCAGUGUUCUGGAUGUCAAUGAUAACAUCCCUGUCAUUGUUCUGCCUCUACUCCUAAAUGACACGGCUGAAAUCCAUGUGCCACGUAAUGUUGGUGUUGGCUACAUUGUCACCACAGUGAGGGCGGUGGAUAAUGACUAUGGUGAAAGUGGGAGGCUCACCUAUGAGAUCUCAGAUGGCAAUGAGGAGCACCUCUUUGAGAUUGAUCCAGUGACUGGGGAGGUGCGAACAGCCCACCCAUUCUGGGACGAUGUCAGCCCCAUUGUGGAGCUGAUCAUCCGAGUAGCGGACCACGGCAAGCCAACCCUCACUGCUGCCGCCAGGCUCAUCAUCAAGGCCUCCGAUGGACGUCCUCCUGAUGGACUGCCACGCACGAAAGACAAUCAGAACUGGGACAUAUCCCUGCCUCUUAUUGUAACUCUAAGCAUCAUAUCCAUUAUGCUUCUGGCUGCCAUGGUGACCAUAGCGAUCAAGUGCAAGCGGGAAAACAAGGAGAUCCGUACCUAUAAUUGUCGCAUUGCAGAGUACUCGCACCCUCAGCUGGGGAAAGGCAAGAAGAAGAAGAUUAACAAGAACGACAUCAUGCUGGUGCAGAGCGAGGUUGAGGAGCGGGACGCCAUGAAUGUGAUGAAUGUGGUAAGCAGUCCUUCCUUGGCCACCUCUCCCAUGUACUUUGACUACCAGACACGCCUGCCACUCAGCUCACCAAGGUCAGAGGUCAUGUACCUCAAGCCCACUGCCAAUAACCUCAGCGUGCCCCAAGGCCACGUGGGAUGCCACACCAGCUUCACAGGCCCAGUCACCAGCACUACAGACACACCUACUAACCGCAUGUCCAUCAUACAGACGGACAAUUUCCCCACUGAGCCUAAUUAUAUGGGUAGCAGACAACAGUUUGUUCAAAGUAGUUCGACAUUCAAAGACCCAGAGCGAGCAAGCCUCAGAGACAGUGGUCAUGGUGACAGUGACCAGGCGGACAGCGACCAGGACACCAACAAAGGCUCCUGCUGCGAUAUGUCUGCGAAAGAAGCCCUCAAGCUGAAGGCUACAGGCGUGAAACCGCCACCUUUGGAGCAAGAUGAGGAUUGUGUGAAUUGUACGGAGGAGUGCCGAGUGCUGGGUCAUUCUGACCGCUGCUGGAUGCCCCAGUUCCCCGCUGGAGGAAACCAGGCAGAGGGCGUUGACUACCGCAACAAUAUGUUUGUGCCAGCAGGGAUGGAGACUGUGCCUGAGACAGAGACCUAUGAGACUGUCAAUCCCAACGGCAAGAAGACAUUCUGUACUUUUGGAAAAGAGAGGCGUGACCACACCAUCCUGGUGGCCAAUGUCAAGCCCUACUUGAAGGUGAAACGUGCCCUCAGUCCACUGCUCCAAGAGGUACCCUCAGCCUCGAGCAGCCCUACCAAGGGCUGCUCCACCAUGUCUCCAUGCUCUUCAGUCAAAAGCCCAGCUGACGGGGCUGAAGGCAAACCUCCUCCUGCUACCUGCUCUGGCCACUAUGGGCCUCCUGAUGGUCAGUACCUGUCACCAACCAAACAAUCCAGGGAUCAGGGGGUCUACCCACCAUUGCCUCCCUCAGAUCCAGUGGCCAAGGUGCUCGCAGAGGCCCGCUCCAGGAUCAGCCAAGAGGCAACAGUUGAAAUGGAGUGUGUCCUGGAGCAGGUGGAUCCCGACGCGAACCGUGACAGAAUGGACGCUGACCAGGUGGUGAGGGACAUCGACAAAUUAUUGCAGGACUGCAGAGGAAGUGAGGCCACUGGCACACUCAGGAAGUGACUAAAAGGACGGCAAAACAAAAAUAAGUAGGGAGGUAGAGAGAGGAAUAGAACGCUAUUCCAAAAACUCUCAUGCCAAAACUGUCACCAAAACACAUCAAAAAGGUUAAAUUGCUCUUAUGAUAGGAGCUCUUUUCACUGUAUUUGUUGUUGAAAAGUACCGACACUGGACGGACAAAAGCGCAUUUAUUACUGUAAUUUGGCACCAGUUUUGGUGUUAAGAUCCCUACCAACGAAAAUGAACUGGGUAACAAACAUCUGAAUUCUGCUGAAUUUAUAAACUCUUUUUGUUUUGGAUUCUUAAGCAAACUGCAGAGGCUUAUGUCUCUGGCACCUCGCAAGCUAUUAUCUAAGUGCCCACCAGCUCAUAAGUGUGUUGUUCAUGGUCUCUCGUGAAAUCCUACAUAUCUAAGUAUGUGUAGGUGGAUUUCUGUUAUGUGUGAUGGCCAUAGAAACUGAAUGAAAAAGGACUACUUAUGGUCAGACACGACAAUCGAUGCAGAAAAAGAGAAACAAAUACUAAUCUGGACAGUGAAAGAUGGAAACACACAAAACAACCUUAUCUUUUCUGACUUUAAUAUAGGUGUUUAACGUGUGAUGGAUACGGUGUGUGAACAUAAGGAGAUUGUUUAAUCAGGGGUGUGCUCACAGGGGUUAGUUAUGGACUCGUAUUUGGAGGAGCUUAAAUGCUACGCUGAAGGAGAAUUAUUAACAGUGUAACCAUGUUUCACCUGUCAUUUGUAGCCACAUGUGUAAGUUGUGUCUGUCUCACGCCUCUAUUUAAACAUUCAUGUUGCUGACUGGUGUAGUUGCACGCACCAGUUUUUACACAUGUGCUCUACUCUUUGCGCAUACACAUGCUGACACACACAUGCGCUGAUGCCCCUACAUACACACAAACACAAACACACACACACUAAUGCUUACACACAACUGGCCAUCUGUGUAAUUGUCUUAUACAUGAACAUCAUCAGCUUUCAGUCCCUUGUGUACAGUGAAUUAUCAUGUGUGUGACUAUGCCUCAAGGCAAUCACAAGUUGUAUAAAACGGGACAUUUUUCCUCAACUGUGAAAAAAUUAUAUCUAUAUGAUUAUAUAGAUGAUUAUAUGUAUGAAUCCAUGUAUAGUGUCCAAAUAUUAACAAAAUAUUUAUACAUUUUAUAAGAAAAAAAGAAAUGAGGAAUCUCAGCAAAAAGUGUCCUCGAGUUAAGGGAAAGUGUGGGGUAUUAACUCAAAGAACUGCAAAGGACACUGCCAUUGUUUCGAAGACAAAUAUCCAAAAAUAUAAACAAACAAGAAAAUGUCCCUUCACAUUAUCACUAUACAUAAUAUCAUUAUAUGUAUAAAUGUAUCCAAUUUAGAUGUGUUUACAUCAAAAAACUGACAUUUUUUAUUGAUUUUACUGCAAUUUCUGUGCAUUUGAGCCAAAUUGUUAUGUGUACAAAAGCUAUAUUGUGUAUUUUAUUAAAUUAAUAUAUAGUUGUGUUGCAAUAUACAUGGGCUUAUAUUGUAUUUGGCAAAAGUUGCCUUAGUAGCUGUCGAACUCUGUGAGUUUGCUUUAGUUUGGGUUUUUGUUGGUGUUUUUUUUCCUCUCUAUUCUGCAUCUUUGCAGGCUAGCUUCAGUGCUUUUGAGAUGUCGCCUCUUUUUACCCUGAGAUCCAGCUGGAUCAAAUACAAUAACUGUUGAAAGCUUAAUGAGCCAGCUGAUCUAGAAUACAAUUCAAACCAACAACAAAAAGCAACAACCACAAGAUAACAGUUUGAAUAUUUUUACUGAGCAGAUUUUUACAGGGCAGCUAUUUUCUUUAACAAUAACGAGUAUGCGUAUUUUGUGUUCGUUAUGUUUUUACUUUCUUUCCAAAAAAGAAACCUGCCAUAUGGAAAGUGGAGUGGUUUCCUUGGUGAUCAUAAAACUGCCUUACUGUCUCUGCGGAGAGCUUGUUGUAUCUGUGGAGCUUGUGACUGCUUAUAAAGCCCUGGUCCACCAGAAUGUGCAUUUUCUAUAAAGGACCAAAAGAGGUUCUUUUUCAGCAGUCUGUGUUGUUUAUGUAUGUACUCCUUCUCAAUACAUGUUAGAAUUAUCAUACUUUGCAGAGAAACUUGACAUCUGAAAUUCUAUUUAAAGUUACUUUGAUGUCUUAGCUGAUUAGGUACACGGUUUAUAUAACCGAGUGUCUUCACAUUCAGGCUUUCUUAAAAAAAAAAAAAGAUACAGACAUUUAUUUUUGAAAAUUUUGGCACAUUUCGGCCACUCUCU